AUGAGAGUGUAUACAGGUAAGCAACCAUACCAAUGUAAAGAUUGUGGCAAUUGUUUUACCGAUAAACGCAACCUGAAACCACGAAUGAGAGGGCAUACUGGUGAGCAACUAUACCAAUGUAAAGAAUGUGACACGUGUUUCACGUGGAAUAGCUAUCUGAAAGCACACAUGAGAAUUCAUACUGGUGAGCAGCCAUAUCAUUGCAAGGAAUGUGAUCAGCGUUUUACCUUGAAAGGUAACCUGAAAGCACACAUGAGAGUGCAUACUGGGGAACGGCCAUACAAGUGUAAAGAAUGCGACAAGCAUUUUACCCAGAAAGGCAACCUGAAAACACACAUGAGAAUUCAUACUAGUGACCAACCAUACCAGUGUAAACAAUGUGACAAGCUAUUUUCUGAGGCAAGCAACCUGAGAAAACACAUGAAAGUGCAUACUGGUGAACGGCCAUACCAGUGUAAAGAAUGUGACAAGUGUUUUAGCCGGAAAGACAACCUGAAAACACACAUGAGAAUGCAUACUGGUGACCAACCAUACCAGUGUAAAGAAUGUGACAAGUGUUUUACCUGGAAAAGCUGUCUGAAAGCACACAUGAGAGUUCAUACCGGUGAGCAGUCUUACCAGUGUAAAAAAUGUGACAAGUGUUUCACGUGGAAUAGCUACCUGAAAGCACACAUGAGAAUUCAUACUGGUGAGCAGCCAUAUCAUUGUAAAGAAUGUGACAAGCGUUUUACUUUGAAAGGUAACCUGAAAACACACAUGAUAAUUCAUACUGGUGAGCAGCCAUAUCAUUGCAAGGAAUGUGACAAGCGCUUUACCUUGAAAAGCGACCUGAAAUUACACAUGAGAGUGCAUACUGGUGAGCAGCGAUAUCAUUGUAAAGAAUGUGACAAGUGUUUUUCCUGGAAAAGCAACUUGAAAUCACACAUGAGAGUACACACUCGUGAACAGCCAUAUCAAUGUAAGAAAUGUGACAAGUGUUUUACCUGGAAAGACAAUCUGAAAACACACAUGGCAGUGCGUACUGGAAUUAGGCAUUAUUAUGGUAUUAGGAAGUUAGAAGAAAUCAUUGUAGAUAGACACAUACUCGUUUUUCGUGUGAUAUUCAUGUAG